UGGGUGCCUUAUUUUGAAACAUCACAUGAACACUUCCGGUGAUUUCCGGUCUAGUAAAAUUAUCCCAGAGCUAGCAUGGGAGCGUUAUGUGACUGAGCAAAGUAACUGUUGCGGCGGCGUUAUAUCGUUUCUAUACCUUUAAAAAAUGAGAUAAUAUGGAGAGUACAACCACGGAAUCUUGUUCGGCAGAAGAGGAGGACAGCUCGGACUCGGAGGUGGCGUGUCUCAUGAGAGUGGGGAAAAAAUCCGAGUGGCUUCGCUUGUUCGGAAACACAGAGGUCACCGUUGGACGCGGGGUGAACGUGACGUACCAGCUCCUGUCAGCGAGUUGUCCUCUGAUGAUCUCCAGGCUGCACUGCACCUUCAAGAGAAAAGAAGACGGACAGUGGACGGUGACGGACAAGAAGAGUCUCAAUGGUGUCUGGGUCAACGGAAACCGUAUACCGGCUGAUGAAGCCCAUCUCCUCAGGCCUGGAGACUCCAUACAGCUGGGAGUUCCUGUAAUGGGGUCCAAAGUGGAGUUCGACUACGUCCUGGUCCAGCAGCCCCUGAAAGACAUUAAACUCCACCUGGCAAAAACGCAUAAAGAGGGAGCCACAGCAGCCGCCAUCACUGAGAGUUCCAAGAGGAAGAUGACCAUGGAAGAAGAUGAGCCUUCUACCUCAAAGCCGAAGCUGUACCGCCGCUCUUCCUCGGACAAGUCUUUAGCAAAAGCCUGCCCUCCGCCUCUAAAGAAAUGCCAGCUGCAACAGAGUCGCUCCCAGCCGGAGGAGACCGCAUCCGGCAGACGUGUCCAGGAGUCGAGGCAACGUUCUGAUGGCUCCCAACCUCCCUGUGACAACCUACAGAUGUACAGUCAGAACAUUCUGUUGCUGCGGGAGCAGGUGGAUGACACCCAGAGACGGGUAGCAUCUCUGGAGGGAGAAGAUCAGCAGGGUGACCCGCUGGUCCGGGAGCGGGUCCAGGAGCUGCAGAGUCAGCUGGGGACUCUCCGAGGCAAAAUGCACCAGAUGGAGACCUUAAAGAAGUCCUUCAGUGAACGGAGGUGGCCAGAGCAUCAGAAAACACAGCAGGAAGAGCAAAUGAGAAAGCAGUUGAACGAUGCCUUGCAAGAACAAAAGAAAGUGAUCGUUGAACACGCCCUCUCUCGACAAGCCUUCGAAAAGAUUCUCUCAGCCAAAAACAAAGAGCUGGAAGCCACGAAGGAGGAAAAGGAAAGGGCCCGUGCCCAGAAAGAUGAAGUGGUUACACAAAUGACUGAAGUUCUGGAGAACGAGCUUCAGUGCAUCAUCUGCUCAGAACUCUUCAUCGAGGCAGUCACCCUGAACUGCGCUCACAGCUUCUGCUCCUACUGCAUCACCCAGUGGCGCAAAAAGAAAGAAGAGUGUCCCAUCUGCCGACAGGCCAUCACGUCCCAAAGCCGCUGCCUGGCCCUGGACAACUUCAUCGAGCGCAUGAUGGAGAACCUGAGCCUGGACGUCAAGGAGAAGAGGCAAAGCGUCAUCAACGAGAGGAAAGGUGAGAGGUGAGCAGGUCUGUGAAAGCAGUGUCCAAUCAGCCGCCAACGCCGCAGAGGUGAUGGUGAUCCACGAUGACGACAGCAGCAGCGACGGCAGCAGCAGCAGCACCGUCGAGAGCGAUGGAAGCAUGCUGUCCAUUUUUAGCAGCCUCAGCUCUGUGUUCACUGUGGACACAGAAAGCAGCGACCAUUUAGAGUUUGAGAUCUCAGAUGACCUUGAAGAUUAACUCUCAAUCGGAAGGCAAAAAACGGACUCGCAAAGCCCUCCAACAAGAAAAGCCCUCGGGAUCUUUAGUUUACACUAAGAACACUUUGGUCUCAUCAUGAGGAAAACUUCCUUAUGUUUUCUUUUUGUAAAGUUAUUAUUUGUGUAGUGUACUUGUUUUUCAGUGAAAAGAUUAAAGUUUCUUCCUGAUUACUUUUACCAUUA